AUGGAUAAAAGAUUCUUGCUCCGUGGAGAACUUCAUGAUAUAGAGAUCGCGCUUAUCCUUCGUCUGGGCUUCUUCGUUACAAGCUUCUUGGUGCUAAUUUCUGGCUGCUUCAAAGUUAUGGUCUACCACAUGGAUGCUUAUACAAUCUACCAAACGCCUCCAUACAUCCACUACUUAAUACCAAUCUCAAUCUUCAUUGGCCUUCUUCUAAUUACUUCAAUCAUCCAUUGCUACUACAACCACUUGAAGAAGAGAAACCGACGGAUGAUUGAGGAACGCAAAGGAGAGGAUCGAAGGGAGGCUCGCCGCCAGGAUGCUUAUGCACGAGCUGCUAGGACUAUGGCAAGAAUGAAGAUGGAAAAGAUGAACAAAUACUAUGGACAAUCUUCAUCUCAAAACAACAAUUCUUCGAAUAUGAACAAAAAUUCUCAAUAUAAUUCGGAUCUUUUGAGCCUCGAAAGGGACAGCGAUUUGUUGGAGGAUGAUGAUAAUACUGCUAUUGAGAUCUUGAAGACGGGUGGAAGUUUGGCUGGAACAGAGGAACCAAAUGAAGGAUGGGCUGAGGAAGUGAGUCGAAAAAUGAAUUUUAAACUGAAAUUUUUUGUUUACUUUUUAAGACUGAUCAGCAGAAGAAGAAGAGUGUUGUUCACGAACCGGCGGGAAUUAACUGGAAGGCGGCAGAAGAAGCAAAGAAGAAGAAGAAAAUUAAGAAGAGUGAGAAGAAGAAAAGAUUUGGAUAGGAUAUUUCACCAAAAUAAAUAAAAAAUAGGUAUC